AUGGCCCUUGUCAAGCCAACCGUCAUGGCCCAGGCAAAUACUCGUCCCAUCUGGACGACGGGGCGCCGGGGGAGAAACAUGGGAGAGGGCAGCGAUCAGCGUCAUUCGCCGCCAGCGGCGGGGCAGGUGUUUUGCCGAAAUGAAGGGCCCGGCGGUGCUGCCCUGCCAUUGGCUCGCUUACCGAGUGCCCCCUGCCCCCCCUGCGCCCUGCCCUGCACCUGGCGAGGCUGCCCUCCAUGGCCGACACGGGCGAGAGAGAAACGAUCAGCGAGCGUGUCUAGACUCAGACUGCAGCCUCGGUGUCGCAUCAUCGCCGCUUCUGCCCAUCUUGCCAGCUUGGGGGAGACAGAACCGGGGUUGCCCGUCCCAUGCCCGCUGCUGUUUGACCACCCACCCGACAACCGUCUGUACGACCAGGGCGCUGCCGGCCAGAUGCAAAUUAAUCCGCAUCCACAAGCACCACAGUGGCCGCCGACUGCAAUUUGCACCCAGCAUGCUAUAGGUGGCCGCGACGUGAGUGCCAUCUUUGCGUCUGUCAAGCCUUCACUACCGUUCGACGAGCGCAGCCGACGACGCGACUACGCCCUGUCGAGCGAAGCGGCGUUAUAUUUGGCCACUAUCGAAUAUCGAAUGCACACACCCGCCGCGCCAAACCCUGCCUUUUCCCGUCCUGGAAGCUCCCAAGCCACCGCUAGUCACGAGCUGCUGGUGCCCACGUUAGCCACGCUUGUCCCUGCCAGCCGUCGUUUUGGCCUCGACACCUGGGCAACAUCUGCUGCUGACGCCGGCAUUGCCCUUCCCUCUCCCUCUUCACCGUCCCGUCGCCCGCGCUGCCUCCCCAAGCCGACUCUUCCUCACCCUCAGCCGACAAUUCUCACCGGGCCCUCUCCUCCACCGACACUGCGCGCUCCACCAAGCCGCCCGUUGCUUCAUCCUCCCUCCCCUGGCGCCCCGUCGACAAGCCCGCAGCCUUACGCUCUCUCUCUCUCUCUCUCUCUCUCUGCCCUUCUUUCCCUUGCUCACAACCCGCCGAUUCUCCGAAUCACAAACGCUCCUUUGAAUCCCACCUCUGCUCACGCAUCGCACCUUCCGCCGUAA